AUGGUGCGCACCCUGAAGACCUUUUUGAAGGCAUUUUCGCAGAUGUACCACGAUGGCGAGCUGGACACACAAGAGGUCAUCUACUGCCUGGACAUCGUGAAAAACGAACGGGCGAAAGCAUCCGUGGCGAAACAGUUGGGCAUCGACGAUGUGGACAUCGAUGACCUCGGUGGACAAGGGCAGAU